UUCGGUGGAGGUGGCGGCUUCGGUGGAGCUGGCGGUUUCGGUGGAGCUGGCGGUUUCGGUGGAGGUGGCGGCUUCGGUGGAGCUGGUGGUUUCGGUGGAGGUGGCGGCUUCGGUGGAGUGGGUGGUUUCGGUGGGGGGUUCGGCGGUCUCGGCGGCGGAUUCGGCGGUCUCGGCGGCGGAUUCGGCGGUAUGGGUGGAUACCGCGGUGGAUUCGGUGGAAUCGGAGGUUUCGGUGGUAUCGGAGGCUUCGGAGGUAUCGGUGGCUUUGGCGGUGGAGGUGGUGGAUUUGGAGGAUGCUGUUGAUUCAUUAGAAUCUCAUAGGUGCGACUUGCUCGUGCAAUUUGCAGCGAUCAUCAUCGUUUGA